AUGACGUUCUUUUCCGGCGUUACCUUUACAUUCCUCGUCGCGUUUACCCAUUUCCCGUUGUUUUGUUUGUACGUCGUAUGGUUUAAGAACGGUCUCAUGCGUUUUGAAGCCGCGAGGGAGGCGUUGGUGACGCGAGGCGUUAUAAAAAGAAGAUCAUCACAACAACGGGGGAAGAGCAGAAUUCGGGGAAACGCAACGGAAUUGGAGCGGAAGAAUAACGACGACAUCAUCGCAGAGCAGACGGAAGAAGAAGAGAAAGAGGAAGAUGAAGAUGAAGAGGAUGAUGAAAAUGCUUAUUUAUACCCGGAAAGACCGAUGCUCCCGCACGUGUUCCCGUCCGUGUGUUUGCAAUUAGUCAUAGACGGGGCCAACGACUCCAACGAUCAGGUGACCGAAUCCAUCGAUUCGUUGUGUUUCGUCCAUUGGCCGAGGGAUUUACUCGAAGUGCACGUGCUCGAUUUAAGCUCGGUGAGAACGAUGGAUGAGAGCAGUAAUAACACGACCACCUCUACCGCGGGGAUGAGUACGUUUGAGAACGCGGCGGUGAAGUGUGCGGCGAGAUGGAGAGAACGCGGCGUCAUGUGCGACGUGUUCAACGUGAGCGAGUUCGAGACGAGUAGUGCGAGCGGCGGGUCUUUGUUUCGGACGCCGAGCGGGAAUUUGAAAGCGAAUGAGAUGACGCGCAAUAACAGUAAUAGCAGUAAUAAUAUUAAUAAUAAUAGUAACAAUAAAAGGAACGAUAUAGAACAAGGUGAAAGUGGAACGGCGUCCUCGAGCGGACGAGAAGAGAGGUCGCACAAAAUCGUCAGCUUUGGCAACGCGCUGGAAAAAGGACGAUUGAAAACGCGCGCCGAAAUUAUCGUACCCUUUACGAAAGAUUAUUUGCCAGACCCGGAGUAUUUAGAGCACAUUAUCCCGUCGUUUUACGUGCGAAAUACGUCCUCUUCCGCGGCGUCGAAUUCGAUGAAGAAGAAGUACGGAGGUUCCGCGGGCGGUUAUUUACAAACGAGAGAUUUGCGCAUCGCGUGCGUCGUGCCGAACGCGAGAUUUGAGAAUAGUAACUUACAAACCAACACGUGGUUUGGUGUUCGGGCUAGAUGCUCGAAACAAACGUCAAUGACUACGAUAUGUGCAGAAAAAUCUGGAUGCGCGUUGUCCAACGCCAUUCCGGGAACGGCGUUCGCUUCGAGCGCGCUGAAAACAAUCGGCGGCUGGGAUACUCGCGUGAACGGCGCCGUACCUGUAGCAGAUGCCGGUAUGCGCGUGUGGUUGCACGGUCUGAAAGUUGCGCUACCGCUAAGCUCAAAAUCGUCACCGUCUGCUUCGCGACGAGAAGUGUUAUCGGUUCGUGUGCCCGGUAAUUUCGCAAACUAUUGUGCCAAGACAUACUACGAACAUCGAAAUUACGCGAGUUUGACGCACAAACACGCCGUAAAUUGUUUAUUAGAAGCCAAUUGGGUCGUUACGAACGAUGCUCAAAGAUCAGUAGCAUCAAGAAGUGGCGUGAAUAUGAGUAGCGGCGCGAUGAUGCCGGGUAUCGACGAGAAUGAAACAAACGACGUCGCAACCAGCGCGCGAAAGAAAGCGGCGAAGAAGUACGCCGCGUUUCAUGGGUUAACGCACCAAGUGUUGAGUACUCUGUUGUCUUUUUGGUGUUUAUUAGUCCUACCGACGGCAUUUCUCAAAGAAAUUUGGCUCGGCAACGCCGCUUACGUCGGAGGUAAUGUCAACGCGAACGUUUUGAUUUGGUUGGUGUACAUCUUGCCGUGUCUUUCGGAAAGACUGUUCGAUCUUGCGUUCGCUUUGAAAGCGACGCCACCGUUACCGGGCGAGAAGAAUAGAUUCUUGACGAACUUUGCGUUCGCGUUCUUGGCUAAUUUAGCGACUUUACCGGCGAAAUUUGCUGGAUGUUUUAUUGGAUUGACUUUACCGCUGAGGAAAACCUUCCGAGGCGAUAAGGAUGAAUCGACCACGCCGUUCGCGGUGGCAGUUUUCGAGACGGCAGUUUCGUGCACCGCGUGGUGGAAUUGCGUCAAAAUCAUCGCCUGGACGGUCGAAGAAACGUUUAGCGAGUUUUACUUCACCUCCGUGGUGAUGUUGUUGUGCAUUGGAUUCGCUGGUUUGAUUUCGAGCACCGCCACGGUGAACAUUUUGAAGCAGUUUUCAAUCAUUAAACACGACAUCAAACGAGAUGGGGUGACCGCGGUGACGAAGAAAAAAAUGAAUUUGAAAAAUUUGAAGAAGCAUUUACGCAUGCGCCCUCCGAAAGCGAGCGGAGAGGAGAAGCAAGGUUUGUUAGCCUCGCAAAGAGCGAAGGAAGAGGAGGCGUUGCGCAAGAAGAAAUCCGCGGCGGCGCGCGUGGAUUUAGAUGUUCCUUUAGAAGGUGUCAUCGUCAACGCGCCAUCGUCGGUAGACGACGGAGAAGACGACUUGUUGUUACAAAUAGGCGCGGUUAAAUCGUCGAAUAAAUCGAAACAACAACGAGCGGUAGAUAAAGCGAGCGCUUCUUCUUCGGCGCCGAAAUCGAGAGGCGGUCAAACUGCUUUAGGCAUGGUACAGUCGCAGCCAGGAUCUGUAUACGGGCGCGAAAUCAUGCACUCGUUCCAAACGGACGGUCGAGUGUAUCAACAGCCCGAUGGGUCUUCACAUGCUGGCGGAGUUGGUGGUGGUGGCGGUGGCGGUGGCGGCGGGCACGAUAACUACCGCACCGUGAGCGGUAGUAGCAAACCGAACGCCUACGCGCCAGUUUCCGAUGUCUUUGCGCAACGUGCGGCGAUUAAAGCGUACAAGAAGAUGCGCCAACACGACUUUGACCUAGACAAACACUCUCAAGCGGACACGCGCUCGAUGCUUUCGAACCAAUCGGAAGGGAAUUUGCCCUCGCACCUUCGAUUCGGUUCGGAAAAUUCCCAAGCGCUUGAUUCACAAAUCGAUAUGUUUGACGAGCAUGGGAACUACAUAGGUAACGUCGGUACUGGUGAGAGUAACAUUGAUCCAAUGUUUGUUCCAAAAGAUAGCGAAUACGCAUCGAGCUCUGACGAUGAUUCUAAUCGCUCCGACUCCGACGAUUCCAACGACGACGACCACCACCACCAACAACACCGUCGCAGAAGCGGUAGGCGAUCGAACGAAGCUUCCCCGCAUCGCGUCCGAAGAACUUCGUCCAAGAAAAACUCCAACGCCGCUACCGAUGACAGCGCGUACGUCGGGGGCAAAGUCAACACCGCCGGUUUAGCCAUGGAGAAAAGCAGUCCUCCGUCUAAAACGGAUGUUACGAACACGAGUAGUGGUGGUGGCGGGAAAUCCGUCAUGUCUCGCAUCAAAACGACAAUAAGCGCGAAUGCCUUGGCGAACCUCGGCAAAUCCAAAAGUAAAGACGAAAUGACGAGUAGCGCGACGACAAAGAACAACGAACAGUCAACCCAGCGCUCCCCGCGCGCCGCGUUUGGUGAUUUCGUCCAACCGAACCUCGGUAAGAUUUCCAUCAAAGCGAACGGCAUGGGACGGAAACCUCCCAUCUCGCCCAGGAUACAAGACAUCGACCAAGUCUACGACGACGCUUUACCGCAAAGCGUUUAA